AUGGAAAACUCGGUGAGUUCGACUAACGCACUUGGCUCGGAUGUGCCCUCCGACAAGAUAAUAGUCCAUCUUGUCGAAGGUUAUCGCACUGUUAUUGUUGAUGAUCAGGUCAAGUUCCGAAGCGUCAUCACUUCGAUCACAGAAAGACUUACGAAGCAGUACUUCGAGAGAGAACGGCAAGAAGGAAGCACUGUUUCAGACGAUAAUAUUUAUGGGUGGAUUUUCGGAAUCUGUUGGAACUGCAAUGGACGCAAAGUUUGGAUCCAUCCGGAAACCUCUCAUGGGGACUUUCUGAGAAAGUUUAAUCCGUACUCCACGGCGAAUCAGCAAGGGCGACUUGAGCUACUAGUGCGCUAUUAUCCAGACGACUUUGUUGAUGUACACAAACGCCAUAGGAUCAUCUUCACGCUCAUGUACAAGCAGGUGCUGUACGAAUAUUUAAAAACUGACAAUGUUCCUCCGGAGCUUGCGAUAAAAUUGGCCGGACUUGAAAUCAGGCGGAAGUACCCGCAACUUAAUCACAAGGCCGCGAAGUUGAUAGCGAGUGCGAUCGAAGAUGAUACUUUCAAAACGCUUUUUCCUGAAAAAGUGCUCCUUCAGUUCAAGCUACGUGAUCUCCGGCGGCAAGUGGUGAAACAGUUUCAGCAAAUGGACGAGAAGGCUUCAUCGGACGCGGUUAUUGAGUUUCUCAACCUCGUCAAGAAGCAUCUCUUUUGCUUCGAGCGCGAGCACUACGCUGUCCGUCUCCACGAGUCGUUUCCCAUCGCAACGACGCUGAUGGUUGGACCAAACUCGUGUCAGAUUUCGUAUGGCUCGCAAACUGGCCACAAUUUAACUCUCCUCGCGCGUUUUGAACAUGUAGUUCGCAUUGAGCCGAUUACCGAACCAAAUCUACAGCUGCUUCUUUAUGUUGAAGGUUCAAACGAACCACUAUACAUAAAUUGCUCGAGCGAGGACGAGCUCGAAAAUCUUGCGGACCUUAUUGACGGGUACGUCCGCGGAAGCAGAGAUGUACCCGAUGGAAGCGUUAUUGUCAGCAGCAAAUCGCGUCAGCUUCCGGACAUUCCUGCGCCUUCCUUCGAAUCACUCUCAAACAUUCCUCAAACUUACAUGCCACAGAACCCUGCUCCUACACAAAGCCGCUUUAUCCCGAAAUCCCUCGAAUCAGAUGAUGACUACGCAACAAUUGUCGACCCUGUCGAGGAAAAAUCUAUCGACCCAAGCUUCGAACUCGACAGAAGUAAGAUUGAGCUCCUCAGAGAAAUUGGUCAGGGCCAGUUUGGAAAUGUGCACUGUGCCAACUACAAGAAUGAUGGAAUCACCGCUCUGGUGGCUGUUAAGAAGACCAAUUUUGAGGAAGAUUCGCAAGACUUGAAACAGAAAUUUAUUGAAGAAGCGCAAAUCAUGUGUCAUUUCAAUCACAAGCACAUUGUUCAGCUUAUCGGUGUCUGCACCAAGGGCUGGCCGAUCCUGAUUGUGAUGGAGUACUGCGCCCUGGGAUGCAUCCGAGACUACUUGAUUCAAAAUGCCGAUGCUCUGGACAUCCACCAUCUUCUGGAGUACAUUUACCAGCUGUCGUCUGCUCUAAAAUACCUUGAAGAGCAGAACUUUGUGCACCGAGACAUCGCCGCCCGCAACUUGAUGCUUACUAAUGAGCAUACUGUCAAACUCGGAGAUUUUGGGCCAGGGUUAAAAAUCUAA